AUGACUCAACAGCCUGCAAGCUCACAAUUUAAAAAUGGUGAAAGCUCUGGGAAUGAUACCAUAUUAUGUGCCUUGUGUCUUCAUGAAAAGACUUAUUUAACUCAGCUUAAUCUCUAUAUGGCUUAUCGUCUACUAAGAGUUGCUGAAACCAGAACUUUCGCAAUUUUUGUGUAUGUCGCCCCACAGACCUGGUCUAGGCCAGGUUUUUUGCUCUAG